AUGUCCUACAGGGCGCGAAGGGGGCAGGAGGAGGACGAGGAGGAGGAGGGAGCGGCGAGAGGCAGCCGGGCGCGACCUAAAAGCCAUGCGGAGUCCGCGGCCAGCGGCGGUAGGAUUCUUGACCGGCAUGAGAGGAAACGGAAGAGGCAGGAGGCGCAGCAGCUCCAGAAGCUUCAGCACCUGGAGUCCUUCUAUGAGAAACCUCCCCCAGGGUUAAUUAAGGAGAAUGAAGCAAAACCAGAAGACUGCAUACCUGAUGUCCCAGGCAAUGAAAGUGCACGAGAAUUCCUGGCACAUGCCCCAACCAAAGGGCUGUGGAUGCCUUUGGGAAAAGAAGUCAAAGUCAUGCAGUGUUGGAGAUGCAAACGUUAUGGACACAGAACAGGAGACAAAGAAUGCCCAUUCUUUAUUAAAGGCAAUCAGAAGUUGGAGCAAUUUAGAGUAGCACAUGAAGAUCCAAUGUAUGAUAUCAUCAGGGAAAACAAACGUCAUGAAAAGGAAAUGAGGAUACAGCAGCUGAAACAGCUCCUGGAGGACUCUACCUCAGACGAUGAUGAUAGCAGUGAUGAGGAGGAGGAUGAUGAUGAUAGCAGCUCCACCUCCUCAGAAUGUAGAGAUAAACACAAAAAGAAGAAGAGAAAGAAGGAAAAGAAAAAAAAAGAAAAGAAGAAGAAGAAAAAGAGAAAGCACAAAUCCUCUAAAUCUAACGAGAAGUCAGACUCUGACUGACAGAAGUCACCUGCUGGAUGCUCUUUGACCCCCUGCUUGUAAACUGCAAGGAGAGAUCCAAAGAACAGAAAGAAACCACCAAGAAAGGGCUUUAUUAAACUCCAGCUAUCCAGAUGGAUACUACAGCAUCCCACCCUGGCUGGCCUCUUUGCCCCCCUGCAGUGCUGCAGCCAGGAAGAGUGCUGCAUGAACCAGAUCUUGACACUGUGAGACCUGUACUAAGGCUCU